UUAUCCUCUUUUACACACUUCACCGAUCGUUCAAGCAGCUUCUCACACCAUCACUAGCAAAGAGAACAAUUCAUAGCGAUUAAGAGAGACCGAGACUCGUUCCAAAUUCCAAUGGCGUCGUUUGUUAGCACUUCAGGCGUUGGAUUAGUGUCGUACAGCAGAUUACCAUGCAUGGAUGGUUUGAAGCAGAGAAGCAUUAGCCACAAGCCAACAACUAAUUUCAAGAGUAGAUCAUCACGAAGGCUUGUGGUGGUGCGAGCAGAGGGACAAGCCAUAAAUCCAGAGAUCAGGAAGAGCGAAGAAAAAGUGGUGGACUCCGUUGUCGUUACUGAGCUCUCUAAGCCCCUUACUCCUUAUUGCAGGUUAUUAAAGGCCCCUUGGUGUUGGAGGUCGGGAACUUUCCCUUUGUGUGAUGGCAGUCAUGUAAAGCACAACAAAGCUACAGGCGAUAAUGUGGGACCAUUGCUCCUGAAGAAGCAGUAGUAAAAUUAACUUCAGUCAUGUCGUAUGUGUUAAAAUUGCAGACGGGAAUUCCUUAAACCCCAAAAGAGAAAAUAUAAUUUUUUUAAAAAAAAAAAAAAAAACUUAUUUGGAACGUUGCUUUGAGAUUUCUGGUUGCAGUUGAUAAUGAUGAUUAUUUAUGCCUGAUGCCUUGGAAUGACUCGAUUAUUGUCCGAAUAACAAUUCCACUUGCCAAGGCAUGACUCACAAAUCAUGAGUGUGUUUUGUAUCUUGGCAUAUGUUGGUGAAUGCUAAACUUUUUAUGCUAAAUCAAGCUAAAACAUUGCUUUGAGAUUUCUGGUUGCAGUUGAUAAUGAUGAUUAUUUAUGCCUGAUGCCUUGGAAUGACUCGAUUAUUGUCCGAAUAACAAUUCCACUUGCCAAGGCAUGACUCACAAAUCAUGAGUGUGUUUUGUAUCUUGGCAUAUGUUGGUGAAUGCUAAACUUUUUAUGCUAAAUCAAGCUAAAACAUUGCUUUGAGAUUUCUGGUUGCAGUUGAUAAUGAUGAUUAUUUAUGCCUGAUGCCUUGGAAUGACUCGAUUAUUGUCCGAAUAACAAUUCCACUUGCCAAGGCAUGACUCACAAAUCAUGAGUGUGUUUUGUAUCUUGGCAUAUGUUGGUGAAUG